GUAAAGAUGGCUUCCUCAAAUUCUGUGUUCGCCAGUUUUGCAAACAUUUUGCUUGUUUUCUCUGUCGUUUUGCAAUUGAUUGGCGCUAACGAACUUGCUAGAGGAUGGGGAGACAAGAUUGAUUGGGUGAAUCUCGAUGAAGGCUUGAAACAUGCAGAAGAGUAUAAAAAACCCUUGAUGUUGAUAAUCCAUAAAUCUUGGUGUGGUGCCUGUAAAAACCUGAAGCCAAAUUUUGCAGCCUCUCAAGAGCUUCAGACGCUCAGCAAACACUUCAUUAUGGUUAAUGUGCAGGAUGACGAAGAGCCGUCAGAUGCAAUGUACAAACCAGAUGGCGGUUAUAUUCCAAGAAUAUUAUUCCUUGAUCCCAAUGGUAGGGUCAGACAAGACAUCUUCAACCAAGGAGGAAAUGAAAGUUACAAGUUUUACUACUACAAUGCAAAUUCAAUUGUGACAUCGAUGCACCGAGCAUUGGAUCAAAUCAAGGCUGUGCCCAAACAGCCAAUUGAUGAACUUUAGAGAUCGAGCAGAGCACAAGGUUGGCUGGGUCAUUUUCAAAAGAAGCGAAGGCAGGCUUUAUCUUUGCCAUGCUGGUGAUCCUGUCAUCAUGUUGCUUAAGAUGGAAGCGAUCGUGGUUUGAAAGGUGCUGCGUAUUGCUGGGGAUGAGGAAAUAACGUACAUAGGAGGGUGGUUCUUUGGAUAUGGGUAGCAAAGAUGUUAUUUCCUCCUGGCAAUAUGCAGUAUGGUCCAAAAGCAAUAUUUGCCUCAAAAUGUGUACCUAUGCAUUCUUUGUGCUCCCGCACCGAAAGGGUUAAAAGGUUAUUAGGAAAAUAUGAGUUGGCUUGGUGAUUUCCUCGCCAGGAGAAAAGGAUCAAUAGGCAUUUUAGUUAAUUAAUCUUUUUGAAAUAUUAAUCUGGAAUAAUAAUGAACAAAGAAUAUUUAUGUAGUGCAUGGUGCCAGAGGAAUAAAAAAAACGCAUUUAGUUUAAAUUUGUUCUUGGUGGUGGCAAAAUUUGAGAUUUUUGAAAAACUUAGUCAAAUCUGUGUUGAAAUUAAUUGUUAGCGGUGUAUGCUACGACCAUGGAAAUUUGUAUGUGGUUUUAAAAUUGUACGUGUAUGGUAUUAAAUGUUUUCUUAUCGUUUUUCGGUCAAGUCAAAAUGCUCAUAAUUAUGGCCAAUCUACUUCAGUCCUAAACUUUAAGUGCACUCUUGUUAAUCAGGUUUGGGUGAUUGAAUAAUUUCAUUCGUUUUGCAAGGAAAUACUUUCAGCGGAAUCAAAAGUUGUGUUCAGUUUUUUCAUGAAAACACAAUUCCAAACUUUCUGAAAAUCUGUUGAAACAACUUCAUAAACAUUCCAUGACAUAAAACUUACGGUCAUGUUCCUUAUGAUGAUCACCUGAUUAUGUCAUUUAAAGGUGAUUAAGAGCAUAAUUUGGCAUUCAAACCAUUUAUUGAAAUAUUUAUUCUGUAUAUGGUAAGAUUUUGUUGUACAUGUAGAGUAUAACUUUGGGUGGAGUGUUUCAAAAAUAAAUGUAUUUUUAAAGGUUA